UUGGUUAGUUACUUUUAACGGGAACCUCGAAGUGCGGCAGCUGCUCCCGAAGCCUAUUCGUGCAGCCGAGAGCUCCCGAUUCGAUGUGAUGAGGGGGAGAGAACUUGCCGGUUAUUGCGUGUCUGUGCAUGCACGUACUUGGCGUCGGAUUUUAAACGCGACGGAGGCAGCUGAAGUGGACGCUGCGAAAUACGAGAAGUCGGCGCGAUGAGUGACAGCGACGAUGAAAUAUUUUGGGGCCCGGUGACAGUUCGUGAACUUCAAAUUAUUAGUCGCCAAAUCUUUUCCACGGAUGGGCAGGAAAAUAAGAAGACUCAAUCAGAAUCGAAAAAAGAGUUAUCACAAGAACUGAACAUUAAAGAAAUAUCAAGAAAUGAAAAUAGUGUAUCUGAAGAUUGUAUGCAAUCUGAGAAUUUUCAUGGCAAGGGAGAUGAGAUAGCUAAGAACAUGCCAAACUCUGAAUUUGAUUUGCUGGAUCAGGAUGUUACUUCAAACGUUACAGACAAACUUCCUGAAAUAGUCAUCUCAGACUUCAGUAAUCGUGAGCAAGCGGAUCCUUGUACUAUUACUACCAUUACUUCUGCUAUCAGUGAGCGUGAUAGAGUAACUGAUGAUGGAUACGAUAGUGCUAUUAUAGAUUCAUUCAUUCAAGAGAAUGAUUCAGUUUCAAAGGGCAGUGAUAUUCUACUCCAAUCUACUGAAGCUCACAAAUCAGUGAUGUCCCCAUCAAACUUGGAAGUUUAUCUUCCUGUUUCUUCUGAAAAUAUAGUGUCAAGUCCUAAAGAGAAACACUCAAGCUUGAAGGAUGAUGCCUUUCAACAUUCCAGAACUCACUCCAAUGACGUCUCUAUUGAGCACGAUUCAUCCAGUAUCAAGGUAUCUGCAAAUGCUACUUACAACUCUACAAAGUUUAACAUUUCGAAUCACCAAAGCACUUUUGUACUACAUGAUGGUAAUGAAGACUCCUGUAAAUCUACUUGUGCUGACAUUUCUAGUUCUCCUUUCUUGACUACUGAUUGUUCUGUUAAUACACAUCUUUCCAAGAGUGUUGAAUCAUCUUUAUCAAAUGAUUAUAAUUCAAUGUCCUUUCAAUUUACAAUGGUAAGUUUGAAUUGUAGUGAAUCACAGUUGCCUAAUGAUGAAGCAGUGCAUGAAAGAAAAAGGGAGAAUUGCCAAGACCUUGCUUCGUUCUCUAAUUUUGAAGCUUUUUCAAAUGGCCAUGAAUCUGUUCUUUCUAACUUAAUAUCUGAUGUCAGUAGUCAAAGUGUGUCAAAAGAGAACAAUGCAAACUUGACCACAUGUUUAUCAGAUGAGACAUAUGAACAUUCAAUCAAGGAUAACCAUGUAAGCUCUGUUUUUGAGAAUCCUAUCAAUGAUAAAUCUUCAAAUGUUGAUGUACAUGCUGAUAAAGUAACUGUUCCCAGUGAACACUUUUAUUCUUCUCCAAUCAAAAAUAUUGCAUGUUCAUCAAAAAUUCCAGUUCUUCAAAAAACACCAUCUUCUGCUUCUGGUUCAUCGAAGAAGAAAGGCAUUAAUAUUGAAUCAGAUUCAAAUGAAUGUUGUGGAAAAGGUUAUACUGAUUACUUCCCUAACCACCCAUUCUAUAUUCCAGAGUUCCCAGUUUCAUAUGAUAUUAACACAGAUAACUUGGUAACUAGAUCCCCAAGUGGUAAUAUUAUACCCACUGCUUGCAAUGGUUCCAGUGUUCAUACUUCUACUGGUAUUUCUGCCAAUUAUGUCCAUGUUAUGACAUCGGAAAAGAUUUCAGAACUUGCUAAAAAUGGCUUCUUUAUGAAAUCCAGUCCUUGCGCUCAAGAUGUACCUGCAUCUAGUAAAAGACAGAGUUCAGAAUUUGAAGAUAGUGAUCUAUUUGACAUAGAAGCAGAAAAUGGUUCAGUGUUAUGUUCAUCAUCAUUGACCAGUAGUUCUAGUGCAAAUAGUAGUCUGAAUGGCACUUUAGAAGAAAUGGAAAUGAUGAUGAAGCAUGGCUAUGAGUACAUGUGUGGAAAAGAUGAUUUGAGUUUGAAUGCUGAGAAAGAAGGACCUCAGAACAAUGCAUUGCUGGUUACUGUUCCAAAACCAGGACCUGAGAAACAACCUAUGCAAAGAGGAUUGAAACAGUGUCAGUAUAUUCGUACAUCUAGUGAAAAAAUGAAGUCUCCUUUUCAAAAAGAGUUAAAUGAUGCAUAUGCAGAUGUUGCCAGAACACCAAAAUUUAAUUCUUAUGCUCAGAAGCCAUUAUCUGCAGUUUGUCCUAGACAAUUGCAGCGUCUGAAGAAGACAAUAAAUUUUUCUAAUAUUAGGAGUCCUGUUGGUGCUUACAUUAAAGAUCGUCCAGUUCAACUAUUGAAGACAUGUGGAAAAGUAAAACCAGUGGGAAGAGAUGAUAUACCAUCAAGGAUGUAUGAGAAAGAAUGUGUUGGAUCUUCUGCUAAGCAGAUACCUGUGAAAAAUGCAUCAACACUUCCAAUGAUAGUGUAUGAAAAAGCUCCAGGAAUUAACGUUAAUCCAAUGAAAACAACUGAAAGAUGUGGACCAUCCAAAAAGAAUUAUACAAACCCUACAGUUAUUAAACAUGCAGGGAGAGCUGUUUUAGCUACUGUUCCACACAAUGCUCUUCAAAUGAUAAAAAAUACAGAAAUAUCUGUGUUAUAUGAUAAGGAUGUCAGCAAAACAGCUACUCUUUAAUUAAUGUUUCUUCUCCACUGCAGUUCACCAAUUUUGAAAUUUUCGUGAUAAUAUUUUAUUAGAGUUUGUUCUUGUCAUGUCAUUGGCAAUGUUCUUGUUAUGUUGUUGGCAAAUUUCAUUGUUAUCAUCCUGUCAUUUAUAUUCUUUCUUUCAUGGCGUUAAUAUUACAGCCCUUCUCAAUAUAUUUCUUUGAUCGGUCUUUUUCUCAAGGCGGGUCCACAAAUUCGGUAUUUGCCAAUCAGCGAGCUACAGUUCGCCCAAUCCUGAACAGCUGAUGUUUUCAGUGAAUGUUUGCUUCCUUUGAUGUGUCCAAAAGACUCACAUAAUGGGUAGAGCGAGCAACAAUCAUUCAUCGCUCUGCAAAUAGCAAGUAGCCCAUCCACACUAUUCAAAAUUCAGUGAGCAGUAACCCAGUACUCACUGAAUUAUGAAUGUGUGGAGCUGCCUUUAGAGAUAACUCCUUACAGCCAUUUGUCAGAACUCUAGAUCCAUUGUAAAUAGCUCACUUCAUUUCUCCUAAUUUUCCCAAAUUUACUUUACCUUUCUUCGAGGAAAGUUAAACCGUUGUGCAACAAGACCUAUAAGUGUCCUUUGGUAUUGUGGAGAACUCAUUUUAUAAAUUCUAGAAAUUCUAGACAGGUAAGAUUCUAGGAAGUAAUGAGUAGCACCAUUCUAUAAAGAUGGAAGGAGAAAAAAUCUCCUACUUAUGAAGGAAUUGUUAGAUGUGUCAGGUUAAAACCUACUAAUGGAGAGUUCGUCAAAAACGGCAUACACAAAAUGCCUUUACAUAUUGUAAAUGACUUUAAACAUUUGAUAAAUUGCUCAGAUUUGGUCUUGCUCCUAAAACUAGUCAGAGGAUUAUUGCUUAAAAUGUACUUUAUAUUGUGUGAGGUAUUUAUCAAGGUGGCCACUUUGUGGGGAAGUGAAGAAAGGCAGGGGAUUCCAUUGAUAAGGAAAAGUCGUGGAAAAAUUUGAUUUUGUUAGAAAACAGGAAUUGUUGUAUUUUUUAAAUUUAUUUUUCAAUUUCUUGAUGUGAUGUAUUCCCUCACCCAAGAAAGUAAAAAGAGAUAAAGAGCUUUGCUGCAGUUUGUAAUUUGAAUUUUGAAUUAGAUGAUAGUCUUGUGCUCUUCCUAUAGCCUAUCAACCUCAGAACCUCUAUCGAAAUGAACAGGAUCCAUGACCCCACAAUGCAGCUGCCUUGAUGAGAGCUUGUGUGCUGCCAGUGAGGCUCACAAGCUGGUUCACAGCACUCAAGACGAUGAAUGACAAAAGAUGCUUGAUAUUGUAUUCUCUGCUCAUCACAGCUUAGCGAGUAUGUGCUGUAGGGCUCUGAACAAAAAGGCUAAUUCUGAACACCAAAAUGCCAGCUUCUGAGGGAUCUCAACAUCUACCCAUAAAAUAAAUAGAAAUGUGAGAAAAAAUGUGUAUAAAGAGAAUCAUUCAAAAGAAAUCCCAUUUUCAUUCACAAAACAAUUUUUCAAGAGUUAAGCAUCACAUCAGUGUUGUGGGAGAGACACCAGCAACCCUUGGGGAUCAGCGUUUCAAUCUGUGGUCAUGGGUAAUGCAGCUCAGAUGGUUGAAUUUGGUUCAAUGAAAAUAGCUGUUGUGGGGGAUAACUUAUUUUCCUCAUGUGGAACAUUGAAAUAUCAGAGACUGAUGAGUGACUGUUGGUCCUCGGAGAGUUCUGUUUGAGUGUGUGUGUGUGUGGGGGGGGGGAUGUAAUUUUCUUCCAGAGUGACAUCAUCAUCAUUAUCGAACUUUGAAAUAUUUUUUUUCUUCAUAUUUUGUAGAUUAAUCUGAUGGGGGAGGGUCAGGGGGAUAAAAAUUAAUGUGUACCAGAAAAAUAGUGGCCACAACUUGAAUCCUGAAGAAGUUGAGUUUCUAAAGUAUCCAUUUUUACAUCUUUUUUGACAUUCAAAACAUUUUCCAAAAGAAUUUUAAUCUCCCUUGACUCUAAACUUAUUAAAAGUAACUUAAGUGUAAAUUAUAUAUAUUUUGCAACAAAAUAUUAUGAAUGUAACAUUCCUCAUUCUACAUUUAAGUAAUAUGUGAUUUUUGCUGUAAUGUGACAAUUUAGGUGCUCAUGAAGAAAUUUUGUUUUUUUUUUUCCACUGUCUCUCUUGGAUUAGAUGAAUCUUGUGGAGCUUUGUUCUGUUCGUAGUGUAAUGUAAAACUUAUUAAUCCAGAGAACCAUACAGAAGAAAAUUUCCUAUUCAUGGUUAUGAGGCAGAGGCAGAUUCUGCAUGUAGUCAAAAAUUGCAAGCAUAGUAUCCUUGCUCAUAGAGGUGAGGUUGGUUUGAAAAAGUAGUAUCCAACACAGAUAUUUUCGGACCAAAAGACUGCCUCAGAGCUGCUAUUUGUACAUGAAAGUAAGAUUGUUGCUUUCUGAACCAAAAUGAGGGGUCAAAAUGGGGAAGAAAGUAAUUUGGUAAGAAAAAUUAAGUGACAAAAAAUUGCACUUAAAAAACAACAACCUCAAAACAAAACACAUUCAUUUGCAGUGAAGGCUAUUUUGAAAUUUUCAUCACAAUUGCAUUUUUAUCAAGUCUCCUAAUGCAAUGUCGUUUUUAAGUUAUUGCCAUUGUGGUCACUUGUUAUUAUUUUUGUUGUGUAGAAUUCAAAAUCCGAGAAAUCAAGGAGUUUUAAGAACCUCAGAACUUGGAUUUUAUUUAAUAAAUUAAGGAGUAUUCCCACCUCUGUUGGGUGCUAUACUCAGUCCACCAUAGGCAAAGAUGAUUUGUGCCUUUAUGCCCUCCCCUCGUAAUCAAAGAUAGUUUUCCAUUACUUUUCACUUUCAAAGUUUGAUAAUGAGUAAAUGAUGAAAAAUAUAUGAUAAUGGUUGGGAGACUGGUUUGGACAUGGUAGAGACACAGAGCGAGAUGAGAAACCAUGCCACUAUCGGAUGCCUUAUGCAGGACUUAUACCUGCAGUCUUCAACACUGCACACUUACAUGCUUCAUCAACUCCCAGUACCCGAAGCAGACAUUUCUUCUCAAUAAAAUAAUGAGUAAAAUUUGUUGAAGCAUGUCUGAAGAAAGACACUUUGCUGUACGGUUCUGAGGAAAAUACAAAAAUUGUAUUCAAAUGUACUUAGUAAUGUGUACCAGGGUAUGCAAGGAAGAGAUUUCCGUACCAAUAAUAAGAGAUAGACAAUUUCAAGUGAAGUGAGGUUUUUAUUAGUAGAGCCCGUAAGUUCGGCCAAAUGCCUUUUCAUUAUUGUUACGAUUUUGACUUUUGACAAUGGGAAUCACUUAAUUGUACUUCUGGAGUUGUUUUAGUAGAUUUUCAUGUUGCCAAUUUUUGUCAUUCUCCCUUAUUUGUACCUUUUUCAUCAUUGAGUUCCCAUUUCCCACCCUGCACCAAUCUGUCUGGAAUCCUACCUUCAAGCCUGGACAACAUGAAGGCUCAGUCAUGUAUUGUAUUUCUGUGGAUGUGUAGAAUCCACUAUCAGGUUGUGUUAAAAAUCUAAAAGAGAAAGGAAGAUGAUACCAGUGAAAAUUUUUGAUAUAUUUGAUAUUGAUGCUAACAGAUUUGUUCGCUCACGAAGAAUAUCCUAUAUUUGAGUAUGGCCUCAGAUCCCUUUUGAGGACAGAGCUCUGUAUAUAAUAUACCCUUCUCAGUUCCUUUUUGUUCUCUCCUCAAUGCUGGUGACUACACUAAUGUGAGGAACAAAAUCUGUAAUUCUGUUUUUAAUGAUCGCAUUUCAAGAUCCAAAAGGGAAGUCUGCAAUAUCAUAUUGUAGAGACAGCAUUACAAGUAAAAUAUAUUCUUAGUUCUCAUAUUGGAUGGUAACAUGCAAUCAAGAUUACCAAGUAAAGGUAGUUUCUUUCGACGUAAAUGGUUAUGUAAAUUUUAGUUAGAAUAAAAAUGUUUAAUUAUUUAUUUUUUAUUAUUAAAUUUAAUUGUUAAUUUUUACAAUAAUUAUUUUUAAUAUUAUCAAUGUUGUCUGUGUUUUACAUCCCUACUUUAGCUAGAGUAAAUGCCUUUUUUUGUUGUUCAUAUUUUAGGAAAAAUAAAUACCUUUUUGCCUACCUGUUUUACGUUUAAAAAAAAUGCUUGAACUUCCAUGCUCUAUUUAUUAGGAUUGUACAGAUUCAACUUACCAUUCCAUAAAGAAUAUCUGAGGUGCUCACAAGGUUCUAAAAAUUGUGGGUACAUUAUUUACUGUACUUUAUCAAGAAAAAAAUUCAGAGAUAGAUUCCAAUCACAGCUUUGAGUACCUGAAUGUGGAGCAAAAAGCAGUCUCCUUGUGUAAGAUAUUGGUAUUGAAAUUAUAAGAACUAAUUUCCAUGCCUUGCUUAAUGUUUGGUUCUAAGAUGUGCAUUUAUUUUUAUAAAAGUUUAUAAGGGCAAUGUAUGGUGGUGCCUCUAAAUAUCUUGUUGUAUACUUUCUGCAAAUGAGAUCUUAGGUUCAGUGCCCAGUGUUCUCUCUUGAUUCAGUGGUGACCCAAACUUCACAAACAUUGGGGCAACUGUCAAAGUUGGAGAGGACUGUAAAAGCAAAUGCAAGUGAUGCAGGGUUACUGACAAUGGAGCCUAAUCUAUGGAUUGUAUGCCUUUCAUCAGAAACCAUUAUUGGAAAAAGCUGUACGCAAGUCUUACUUCUUGCACAAAUAAAAUUGAUUUACAAUGGUUUCAAAUAUCUUUCUGCGUGAAAAACUUGAAUGCUGAAGGACCUCCUCUUAAGUAGAAUUUGCUAGUAAUGGUAUUUUGUACUAUUAUGGAAGUUACCCAAAUGCUUUAACAAGUUUUUGCAAAAGAAAUCCAGUAGCUUAUGUAGAGUUUUACUGUAUGACUAUGUAGAGCUUACAUUUUGUUACCCAAAUAAUGGCCUGUAUAAGCCAAAUUCCCAUAAUAUACCCCCAAAACCUUUAAAGAUAGGUAGUUACUAAUUUAAAUGAUCUGUAUUGAAUAUUGUGUACUGUAAACUCGUAUUGCAACAAUAAUCAAUUAUUCUUUUAGGAAAGCAGAUCUUUCCAAAUUAGAAUAAAAUUAACAAAAUCUGGUUCUUUUGAAAUUACUAUUAUCAGGUUGUCGUUAAUACUCCAGUUAACACAAUAGGUUUUUAAUUGAAGGCAAAAAACAAAAUUAGAGGUUUUAUCUCUGUAAUAUAUUGGCCCGUCUCAUCUGAAUGCAAAUAUAAGGUAAUAUGAAUAAUUUGUAUCUGUACCAAGCACUGCACUUACCAACAUGUUACAUUUCAUAGUAGUCCAUGAUAAUUCAUCUAGAAUAGAAUUUCUUUCCAAUAAUUGUUCAAGUAGUAAACAAAACUGAAAAGAAAGUUCAUAGGGAAAUUCAAAGAAAAUAAGAGCAUGCUAGUGUGCCUCCCUCAAUUAAUUGGCACUACAGGAGAAAGAUGAAAGUUCAAAAAAAGUCUUUUAAAAUAUCUUUUAUUGUUACUUGUGAAAUAUAUAACUAUUUAAUAAAAGUCACUUAUGCCUUAUACACAUAAUUUGAAUUUCUCAAAAUAAAUGUUUGUUCAAAGAGGUGGAGUAUAUUUAUCUCCUUGAUACACUCAUAGGGGCACCCAGAAGGGAGUGUAGCUGGGUCAACUUUCCUGAGGUCCCAACUUCAAUUGAGCCUUGAACUUUUUUUUUUCUUUGAAAAGAAAUAAAAAAUAUAUUUAUUUCUAAUCCCAAUUUUAAUGCUAUUAGUUAUUUCAGAUGCAAAUGAAUUCUGUUUAUGAAUUGGGGAAGGAGGGAAUUAUUUGAAAUGUUGGGCCCCCUGGUUUUCUCUAGGUUCCCCUGCCUACUUGUUACUUUGUACCCAUGGCAUAUGCAGGAUUAAGAUGACUUGUAAUCCUCUGGUUGAAAAUAUACU